AGACGACUAUUUAGACGUCUUAUCGUGAAAUGAUGACCCGUGUUUCAUUAACAAUGUUACAGCUUUUAUUUGCAACAGCGCUAUUUACCGUUGCUGUUGGCCAGUGUCCAAGCGGCUGGGACCAUCACGAUGAGAGCUGUUACUUUCUUCACUGGCAUGACAAAUAUGACUGGAUAGAAUCAACGGCGUUUUGUUCCACGCAUCCACACGCUUACCUUGCUGAUGUCACUGAUAACUCAGAGAACGCGUUUAUUAAGGGGCUCAUUGUCAACAGGUUCGCCAAUGAAAGAGAUGCUCAUGUUUGGCUUGGAGCUACAGAUGAAAUAACCGAAGGGGUGUUCGUCUGGAAUGUCAAUAAUCAGAAGGUCAACUACACAGACUGGGGUCCUGGAGAGCCCAACAGCAUUCCACUCAACAUCCGUGAGGACUGUUUGGUUUACUGGGCUCACUACAGCUGGAAAUGGGCUGACUUGGACUGCCACCAGAAAUGCUAUUUUGUGUGUGAAAUGCCCAUGUACUAUGACUCAAUCAUUGGAAAGUGAAAACAGUGACAAAAGAAAGUUAUUUGAUACAUUGUAAUUCAUAUCUGAAAUAAACAUUUCUUUGCGUUUAGAUUUCAUUUGAAACGUGACUUGCA